GCUCCACGAGGACCGAGGCGAUGGCCGACGACGAGAAGGAGCCCGGACAGCUGUGUGUCCCCGAGGCACGUGUAUCGGCGGUGGCAUGUCCUUUUGGCAGGCUGCGCGAUGCGUUCAGCUUUCAGUUCGCUUGUAGACGUGCGUGCGUCAAGAACCUGCCACAACCUCGGACCUCUGUUUAGGAGAACCAUCGAAGCAACGGAACCAUCGGAAUCUGAAUGACGGACUGGCGGCAGGGAAAGUUGAGAAAGUGCUAAUACGAGAAAGAGGCCCCUAGUCUACGUUUACGUCUACGUGUCCGUGUCUGUGUUCUUUACGAGUGACGAGUGGUGCGUGCGGUGUGUAAAAGUGCGAGACAGUGUCCUGCGGCGGACUAGCAGGUUGGUUGCUCCUCCUGCCAAGUGUUCAAGUGUAUUGUAUUUCCCUCCCCCACCCAACACAAAAAAUACGAUAAAGAAAGUUACAAAUCUGCUGCCGCCGCUUCUGUUUUUGGCCGAAAGUUUACCGAAAGGAUUAAAGCCCGCAUCCCCGCCAACUAUAGGACUCUGAUACUCCAGCACUCCUUGUUCGGAGCAGUGAAAGGCCAAAGGUGGCGCUCAGGGCCGUACGAGGACGAAGGACUAGGCAAAGCUAAAACCAAAACCCAAAAGCCGCCAAACUGCAACUGAAGAAGGAACUUGCCACCGACUGAAGGAACACAGCAACGGAGCCACGAAGGAAGGGGAAGUGGCAGUGGAAGUGCCAGUGGCAGUGUGGCAGAGAGGCUGCAACCUGUUCCCGAAGUCUAAUUAAAAAGCACUGCACGGGAGGCUGCCUGCCGCAGAUUGCUCAUACGCCCCGUGGAACGCGAGUGUUUCUUGCUGUCUUUUUGUGUGUGUUUGUGUGUGUGCGAGCGUGUGUAUGCUGUGUGUGUGUCUGUGAGAGUGCAUAUAAUUUUUCGGUAAAAAUUAAAGCAAGGCCUCAAAGAAUUACUUUGGGCAUGCGGCUGCUGCAGCCACAACUGUUGCAUGCAACAUGGAUGGCGAAAAUCGGAUUAUACUCAAUGUGGGCGGCAUAAGAUAUGAAACCUACAAGGCAACGCUCAAGAAAAUCCCCGCAACACGCCUCUCCCGACUGACCGAGGCGCUGGCCAACUACGAUCCGGUACUCAAUGAAUAUUUCUUCGAUCGCCAUCCCGGUGUAUUCACCCAAAUCCUCAACUAUUACAGAACUGGAAAACUGCACUAUCCAACCGAUGUGUGUGGCCCUUUAUUCGAGGAGGAGCUGGAGUUCUGGGGCCUCGACUCGAAUCAGGUAGAGCCCUGCUGUUGGUCAACCUAUAGCAUACAUCGCGAUACGCAAAACACCUUAGCCAUAUUAGAUAAGCUAGAUAUUGAAAAUGAGAAGCCCACGGAGGAGCAGAUAGCCCGACUAUUUGGCUUUGAGGAGGCAUUGAGCAACGGCGAGCUUAACUGCUGGCAACGGCUGAAACCCAAGAUCUGGGCCAUGUUCGAUGAGCCCUCAAGUUCCACAGGGGCGAAGAUCGUUGCUGGCAUGUCGGUUUUCUUUAUAUUUGUUUCUGUGAUAUCAUUCUGCCUGAAGACCCAUCCCGGCUUUCGUGUGGAUCUCCCCGUCACCCACAAUGGAUACGGAGGACACAGUGGUCCUGGGAGCUCCCAUCCGCACGGACAUGACCCCCUGGGAGAACCCCCGCCACAGACAACGCAUCAGUAUCACCAGCAUAGCAUCACGCCGCCCAGCGGCAGCAUCGGGCCCACCUUUCGUGUCACGAACUACACGAGCUACAGCAGCGGCAACUUCACAGCCGCCCAGGCCACGCCCAUAGCCAGCAUAAAGGGCAACCAGCGGCAGCGCCUGAAACGAGACCUCAAUGGGAGUGCCAUAAAUGAAUUUAUCGGGGAUCAGCUCCUGGGAAACAAUGGUCGACGGCAGCAUGGAUGGGUCGAGACCUACGGCCAGCCCCACGAGGCGUUCUUCUAUGUGGAACUGGUGUGCAAUGUGUGGUUCUUCAUUGAAGUUAUCAUUCGAUUGAUUGUGUCUCCCAAUCUGUGGCAGUUCAUCAAAUCCCCAGUGAACAUCAUUGACUUUACGGCCACAUUGAGCUUCUACACCGAUGUGAUGCAGCGCAUGGGCGAGUACACGGGUCUCCUGGAGGCCUUCUCCAUCGUGCGGAUAAUGCGAUUGUUCAAACUGACGCGCCAUUCGCCCGGACUGCGCAUCCUCAUCCACACGUUCAAGGCCUCGGCCAAGGAGCUCACACUGCUCGUCUUCUUCCUCGUCCUGGGCAUCGUGUUCUUUGCGAGUCUCGCCUAUUAUGCCGAGAAGCUGCAGGACAACCCGGACAACCAGUUCAAGAGCAUCCCAUUGGGCCUGUGGUGGGCGAUUGUGACCAUGACCACCGUUGGCUAUGGCGAUGUGGCGCCCAAAACCUAUCCGGGAAUGUUUGUGGGUGCCCUAUGCGCCCUCGCUGGUGUCCUGACCAUCGCCCUACCCGUACCUGUUAUCGUUAGCAACUUCUCCAUGUUCUAUUCACACACACAGGCCCGCUCAAAGCUGCCCAAAAAGCGGCGUCGUGUCCUGCCCGUGGAGCAGCCGCGUCGCAAACGGGAACCAACGGCCCCGCACCGAGGACGGACGAACGCCAUUAAACAAACGGCGCCCACUGUGCCAGGAAUGGUGGGUAGUCCGGCUGGUGGAGGAGGCGGUGGCCAUGCUGUGGGCCACCCGGCAGCAGCAGCGCCCAUGUUCAAAGAUGCAUUCGGUGGUGCUAAAAUUGGCCCUGUGAAUGUGAAUGGCGUCAAUGUCAUUGGCCUGCAACAUCCGCAUACGCAUCCGCAUUCGCAUCCACAUCCGCAUAGGCAAACGUUGCCGCCACCGCCGCAGCCAGCGACGACGACGACGGCGACUAUGACGGCAGCGACGACAGCGAUGACAACGACCUAUCAAGUGCCUCUGCCUCUGCCACAGCAGCAACCCCACAACGCCCACAGCCAUGCCCAUGCCCAUGCCCAUGGUCAUGCCCAUGCCGCUGGCUCUGGCUAUGCAUCGACGAUGACGUCACCUACCGCCGCCUCGGCAGCAGCAGUGGCCACAGUCGCCGCCGCCACUGCUGCAGCCUCUGCGGGUUCCUCGUUCAUCAGUUCGGACUAUCUGAGCGUUCCGGCGGUGCAGAGCCUGCAGCCCAGGGCGGCGACGACUGGCCACGACUUUAUGCUGCCGCUCCAGCCGAAACUUCUGGGGCCCCUCGAGCGCAAGGAUCAGCAUCCUCUACAGCUCACUGCCCACAAUCUGGUCUCGGACACCCACCAGCUGAUGUACACCGGCCACGCCCAUCAGCAUGCCCAGAAGACGGGCGCCACCGUGCUGAAUGUCCCACCCACGCUGAGCAUGACCCACAGCCAGAUGCCGCCCGGAAUGGCGAGCAUGGGCCAGCGCACACCGAACCUCAGUUAUCGGGCCUCCCAUGCGUCGCAAGGACCCUCCCAGUCGACGACGAUCCAACAGCCGAUUCCACAUCCCCACCAGCCACUGCCGAUGUCCGCCUGCCACGCCUCGACCAACUGCAACAUCAAGAUCUCGGUGGCCACGGAACCGGGAGGCUGUCUGGAGGAUCUGCGAGCCCCCAAGGUCACGCUACUGGACGAUCUCAGCGAUGACGUGAACUCCUCCACAGACGACUGCGGCGACUGUUGUCUGGUCGAAGACAGCGACACGUACGAGGCGGCGGCCAAUAAUGGUCUCUGCGGCAAGCGGAACGGCGAUUCGGUGGCGAUCGAUGGCCUGGAGGAUGACGGGGAGGGCAGCGGCGUGGGUGGUGACAGCGGCGAUAGCAUGGGAGGGAUCUACAUGGGUCCCACGCAUUGAUGGCCAGCGAUUCAAUGGGAUUUCCCCCAUUAAAACUAUGCUCAAAGCUGCUCAAUCUAUGCUCAACAAGCUGCUGAAAAGAAUAGUGAGUGUUGUAACAUUUAAGAAAAUAAGUAUGUGUAAUGCCAGUAAUGCCAAACGAUGGCUCAAACUGUUCUGUAACUGAAGAAUACCUUAAGCUUCUGUGGCCCACAAACUUUAGCUAAAUAUUGUGGAAUUUUGUUGGCUUAUCAGUUACCGUUCAACUGUAAAAAGUCUGGUUAGUGACUCGCAAAAUGUAAUUCCACUCAGAACUGACAGAUUUCAGUGGAACAGUGCUGUAAAAGGUUUACAGAUGUUGGCCGAAUGAAGGUUCAACUGUACCAGAGCAGAAGUAAGAGAAGUAGUUUACUUUUAAUUCCAAGAAAACACUGCCUCCCCUCCCUUUCAUCUUUCAAAACAUUUCAAAAUGUCAUCUUAAGAGAACUGCUGUAGUACACCCGUCUCAUUUAUCAAGAAUUUUAAUCAAUCUUUGCUUUUAGAACUCCAGGGAUCCCUGGACUUCGUCCAACACAAACAUCCGUUACAUUUGUAUCAGUGUCCUUAUAACUGUCAUGUUGACAACUGUCAUUGACAGGGAUAAACAUGCAUGUUCAGACCUACAUAUAGAUAGAUGUGUGUGCUGUGCUGUGCUGCAGCAGAGCACGUCCGAGCAGGGUCGUACGGGUCUGGGUCCGUGGUCCGGCCAUUUUGCGAUGCCAAGGCAAACAGACGAGCAAAGAGACGAUGGGCAUCAUCAUCCCGCAUACAAAGCAAACAUAUCGUCCAUAUAAAUGUGACCGCUUGUGUGCAGCCAAGCGGGAAUAGUGUUACCAUUCUCCCUCCUAUUCGCCCACUUCUAAAGCCACACCGAGGAGUGUUCCUCUGUCCAUCUGUGGCUGACACAUCAAGGUGUUUAUUGGGUAAAUCUUUUGGAUGAAACUAUAAAUUCCCACACUUGACUCUCACGCUCCAUUUCUUGGAUGCUCUCUCCCACUAUCAGAGAGCACAGAACAGAGACACAGCACAAAAGUGUCUCUGGGAAUGUUUAUCUGACACAUUGACUGCCAUCGUUUCAAUGAACCCGCUCCACUGCGCAUCGCACCGCACACACAAGUUAAGUAAAAACUAUGUCGACAGACACACAAAAGGCCACGACAGCCCAAAAACUAAAAUGGCGACGACAUGAAUGUCCUUGCCACACCGCCCAAAACCACACCACAGCACCACACUCCACACCAAACCCCCUUCAAACGACUUGGUGGAUUGUGUGGUUGACCUUGUAAAUAGUAUUUUGUGGUCGCUGAUAUCCAGCGCAUAGUAUGCUAAGUUUUCCUUCUUCGACCCAUAAAUGUUAAUUGAUUUAUUCAUGGAAGCUCCAACCGAGAAGAACAGAGAGAACAGGGAGAACACCCUACUGUAAAUAUUUGACAGUUAAGGACUAACAAGAAGGAUAAGCGAUAGUAGCGGAUGUAGAACACAUAUUUGACUUUUAAUAAGGUUCAAUGGUAAUUUUUGGUCCAAUAUUUAUAGUUUUUUCCAUGUGCUUCUAGAAGAAAAAACCAAUGAAGAUUCAAGCACAAGAACUUUUGAUCCGAAUUCUGAUGUAAAUGAAUGUUGAAUAAGUUGCCAGAAAAAAUGAAAACUAAAAGUAUUGAAUAUAAGUGAAUGUGAAAUUAAAAUAUCUAAGAAUUUAGUUUAAAAAUAGAUAUCAUAAUCUAACAAAGAAGAAGCUAAAGAAAGAGAUUCCAUUGUGUCCAUGUCCGUUUCUAUUUAUGGUCUAGAUUUCAUCCUGUUUGAAGAGUCAAGAGUGAGUUUUUAUUUUCGUUACCUUUUCCAUAGUUAUAUCUAGAUAUCAUAUCCUCAGAUCCAAAGGCUGUCUCUCCUCAGUUCUUGCCUGAAUUUAUAUUACAAAAUGUUGGUUAAAUAUGCUUUAGGUAUUCAAAAGAUUUUACUGUUCAAGUUUAAAUGAAUCUCUAAUGAUUUCCUAAAAGAAUGAAAACCAAAAUCUAGCAAAUAUCUAAGAAAAAACACACAUACAACAAAUUAUAGUUAAAAAGAAAACUUAAAUUUAGAAAAUAUUGAACAGAACAAUGAUUUAUAAACAUAAAUGAAAAAAAAAAUAAGAAAACGGAUCUGAACGAGGAACUGCUGCUAAAAGAAACUGCAGCAAAUGUUCACAAAGUAAAUAUUGUUUCAAUAGGAUUAAUGUUAGUUUAAACAACACCAGUGUGACACUAAACUAAUUAUAUUGAAAUUUAAUUUGCUUAGCAAAUAACUAAGUUUAGUUCAGGAAUGAUCCAUCAAAAACAGAAUCCGGAAAAGCGAAAAUAAUUCAACAACCUUUGAGAGAAAUCACCCACCACGGGCAGGCAACAGGAACCCCCAAAGAAUACAAAAAAAAACAUCAUAUGAAAAAAAGAAAACUAUUUCCAAACCAAAUAAAUACAAAACUGUGUGUACAUAGAUACAAAUUUAAUUAAACUCAAACACAAUUUAAUUAACUAAAAAAUGUUGAGUGCAGUGGCAACACAGAACAUUUCUAGAACAUUUAUAUAAGUAAUCUAUGUGGAAAACGGGAGGAAAACAAAAAUUGUUUACAAACCAAGCGAAUUUUUAAAUGUUGAAAAUACGAAAAAUAAAAUAUGAAAAAUGAAACCAAAUUGAGAUUCCCUAAUGAACAAUGUGGUGUGUGAAAAAAUUUCCAAUUUUAAUGAAAAUAAAAAUAUAAAUUCUUUGAAAAAGCA